CUAGUAUAGACGUACUGAGACCCACCGCGAUAACAAGCCUUUUAUUCUGAUUUCCUUCCUGGGAGUGAAGGGAGUUUGAAAGGCAGAGGCAAGGACCUUCCAGAGUAGAGUUCAGGUUUUUCUUGUGAGGAUUUACCAGGGCUCACCGCUGAGUGAUUGGGAUGUCUGAGAGAUGAAUCCCCUUCCAGCUAGUGACUUGGUCCGUAUUCGCUGUUCAACAAAGACACCUGGGCUUGGAAGGGCCCUGUGAUCCUCUGGCUUUAGAAUGGGCAAUGCUAUUGAAAAACAGAAGCCCCUGAAACGAAGCCAUCUGUGCCCCUGGAAACAAGACUCUCAGCGUUCUCAUCUCUCCUCCUUCACCAUGAAGCUGAUGGACAAAUUCCACUCACCCAAAAUCAAGAGAACGCCAUCAAAGAAGGGAAAACCAGCUGAGGUGUCUGUGAAGAUUCCAGAGAAGCCUGUGAACAAAGAGGCAACAGACAGAUUUCUACCAGAGGGCUACCCUAUCCCCUUGGAUCUGGAGCAGCAGGCAGUAGAAUUUAUGUCCACCAGUGCUGUGGCUUCCAGGUCUCAAAGGCAGAAGAACCUGAGCUGGCUGGAAGAGAAAGAGAAGGAGGUUGUCAGUGCCUUGCGCUACUUUAAGACCAUUGUGGACAAAAUGGCUAUUGAUAAGAAGGUACUGGAGAUGCUUCCAGGGUCUGCCAGCAAGGUGCUGGAGGCCAUCUUACCCCUGGUGCAGAGCGACCCUCGAAUUCAGCACAGCUCAGCCCUCUCCUCCUGCUAUAGCCGAGUGUACCAAAGUCUCGCCAACCUCAUUCGUUGGUCUGACCAAGUGAUGCUAGAAGGUGUGAACUCAGAAGAUAAAGAGAUGGUGACAACUGUGAAGGGGGUCAUCAAAGCCGUGCUGGACGGAGUGAAGGAGCUUGUCAGACUUACCAUCGAGAAGCAGGGGCAUCCGUCUCCAACAAGCCCAGUGAAACCCAGUUCCCCAGCCUGCAAACCAGACGGCCAGUCUGAGCUCCCCUUGACAGAUCGAGAGAUGGAGAUUCUAAACAAGACGACCGGCCUGUCGCAGUCGUCCGAGGGGCUCCCAGAUUCCACGGAUGAAGAGGUCGCGCCCCCCAAACCCCCCUUACCUGGCAUUCGUGUGGUUGAUAAUAGUCCUCCACCAGCAUUGCCACCGAAGAAGAGACAGUCGGCUCCAUCCCCUACCCGAGUGGCCGUCGUGGCCCCCAUGAGUCGAGCCACCAGUGGCUCCAGUUUGCCUGUUGGAAUUAAUAGGCAGGAUUUUGACGUGGACUGUUACGCACAGAGACGACUGUCGGGCGGCAGCCACUCAUAUGGCGGCGAGUCGCCCCGCCUGUCCCCCUGCAGCAGCAUAGGCAAGCUCAGCAAGUCGGACGAGCAACUGUCGUCUCUGGACAGGGACAGCGGGCGGUGCUCCCGGAACACAAGCUGUGAGACUCUAGAUCAUUACGACCCUGACUACGAAUUCCUCCAGCAAGACCUCUCUAACGCAGACCAGAUACCUCAGCAAGUGGCCUGUAACCUCAGCCCGUUGCCAGAGUCCUUGGGGGAGUCUGGGUCUCCGUUUCUCGGCCAUCCUUUCCAGUUGCCUCAGGGCAGCUGUCCCCAGCCAGAGGGGCCCUCGGCCCCAGGGCAGCAGAUGGAUGUGCCGCCUGCUCUUCCCGAGAAGAAGCGCAGGAGCGCGGCCUCCCAGACGGGGGACAGCUCUGGCUGCAGGGCGUCCUACGAGCGGCAUCCCUCGCAGUACGACAACAUCUCCGAGGAGGACCUGCAGAACCCAGCCUCGGUCCAGUCCGUCCCCUUCACGCCCUUUGCUGCUAUUCUUCCCUUUCAGCAAGGAGGUUCCUCAGCCUCUGUUGAAUUUGUGGGUGAUUUCACUGUUCCUGAAUCAACGGGUGACCCAGAAAAACCUCCUCCUCUACCAGAGAAGAAAAACAAACACAUGCUGGCCUACAUGCAGCUGCUCGAGGACUACUCGGAGCCGCAGCCCGCCAUGUUCUACCGGACGCCGCAGAAGGAGCACAUCUACCAGCAGAAGAACAAGCUCCUCAUGGAGGUGUAUGGCUUCAGCGACUCUUUCAGCGCCGGGGAUGCCCCGCAGGAGCUCGCCCCGCCCCCCGCCCUGCCCCCCAAGCAGCGGCAGCUGCAGGCCUCCUAUGCUGCUUCUUCCUUCUCCUCUGUCUCCUACUGUGUCCAGCAAACUAAAGUGGCCUUCACUCCCGAGGACGGCAGUGCCACUCAGGGCAUCAGUGUGUCCGUCUCUAACUCCUUUCUCAGCCGGCACGGCAACUUACCUGUGCCCUCGUAUAAAUCUGUGUUUAGGUCCUACUCCCAGGAUUUCGUGCCUCACAGCCAAGCUUCCAUCCAGCCUUUCCUCCCGUCUACCUCCUCUUCCUCUCCACAUUUCCCACCUGUCCACCAGUCUCAGAGCUCUGACUUAGCGGUGCCAACCGUAGCCAGUCCGCCUCCCAGCACCCUGGACGGGCCUCUUUCAUCUUCUCAGGAGAGCAGCUUUCAUGGGAACACUGUCUGCCUUCCUUCCGAAACCUCUUUCACUGACUCGCCCCAGACGCCUUCGGAAUCACCAGCUUCGAAGGACGGACAUCCCAGAGAUGCCUCGUCAGCCGGCAGUGCACCUGGGAAGGAAAGCAGGGACGGCGGGGACAGGGCCCCAAAGUCACCAGAUGCUCCAGAGGCUCAGUCGGAGGAGGAAGUGGACGAGCUGUCCCUCAUUGACCACAAUGAGAUUAUGGCAAGGCUGACGCUCAAGCAAGAGGGCGACGACGGACCAGACGUCCGGGGAGGAUCUGGUGACAUCCUACUGGUCCACGCUACUGAGACGGACAGGAAAGAUCUGGUGUUGUACUGCGAGGCCUUCUUGACCACCUACAGGACCUUCAUCACCCCUGAGGAGCUCAUCAAGAAGCUGCAGUACAGGUACGAGAAGUUCUCUCCUUUUGCCGACACAUUCAAGAAGCGCGUCAGCAAGAACACGUUCUUCGUGCUGGUACGGGUGGUGGACGAGCUCUGCCUAGUGGAGUUGACGGAAGAGAUCUUGAAGCUGCUGAUGGAGCUGGUCUUUCGCCUGGUGUGCAACGGGGAGCUCAGUCUGGCCCGUGUGCUCCGGAAGAACAUCCUGGACAAGGUGGACCAGAAGAAGCUGCUCAGGUGUGCCAACUCCGACCAGCCCCUGGCGGCCAGGGGCGUAGCAGCCAGGCCCGGGACCUUGCAUGACUUUCACAGCCAUGAGAUAGCUGAGCAGCUGACACUGCUGGAUGCCGAGCUCUUUUAUAAGAUAGAGAUUCCUGAGGUUUUGCUUUGGGCAAAAGAGCAGAACGAGGAGAAGAGCCCCAACUUGACCCAGUUCACGGAGCACUUCAACAACAUGUCCUACUGGGUUCGGUCAAUCAUCAUGUUACAGGAAAAGGCCCAAGACAGGGAACGGCUGCUCUUGAAGUUCAUCAAGAUCAUGAAGCACUUACGGAAGCUGAACAACUUCAACUCCUACCUGGCCAUCCUCUCAGCGCUGGACUCAGCCCCUAUCCGCAGGCUGGAGUGGCAGAAGCAGACCUCAGAGGGCCUGGCGGAGUACUGCACGCUGAUUGACAGCUCAUCCUCCUUCCGCGCCUACCGGGCCGCCCUCUCGGAGGUGGAGCCGCCGUGCAUCCCAUACCUGGGGCUCAUCCUGCAGGACCUCACCUUCGUUCACCUAGGAAACCCAGACUACAUUGACGGGAAGGUGAAUUUUUCCAAACGGUGGCAACAGUUCAACAUCCUGGACAGCAUGCGGUGCUUCCAGCAGGCGCAUUAUGACAUCCGGAGAAACGAUGACAUCAUAAACUUCUUCAACGACUUCAGUGACCACCUGGCGGAGGAGGCGCUAUGGGAACUCUCUCUGAAAAUCAAACCCAGGAACAUAACACGGAGGAAAACAGACCGGGAAGAGAAGACCUAGGAGCGGGUGCCGCAAGCGAGGAGAACGCGAGAGGCUCAGAGCGCCGCUCCGAGGCCGGAAGGGACUUUGGACCUGUUACGUGGCGGCGGCGCGUGUCCUGGCCUCAGAGCCACCAGGCCCAUCCAGGCCGCUGCUGUGCCGGGCAGGCGUCCGGAGCCGCAGCAGCUUCCUGCCCCUCCCCCGCAGGAGCAGACCCCCGGCCCGGGGGGGGGGGGGGCCAGCGGGCGGUCUCACUGCUGAUUUGUGAACUGGGGGUUGGGGUUUCUGCUUUUGCUCUGUCUUCUGCUCUCCCUCUCUCCCCCUCCCCCCAAGCCUGGGAGCAGCACAGGGACUUCAGCAGCAGCCCGGGAAUGGUGGGAGUCUUCUGAAUCUCCUGAAAUGACAGAUGAGUAGAGGCCCAAGGACCCUCGGGGCGGGGGCUGCUCUCCCCGUAGCCUUCAGUUGGGUGGGCAGAAAGUAGAGGAGACCCGGGAAAGACUCCUUUCACUUUCCAUGUUCUACUUUUUAAGUGGAGGAUGGUGUGAACGUCUCACCUGGCCCAGAAGGGACGGCAGGUGGCCUUUCAGCAGCCCUGGGGCUGGUGCUCCCGUCGCGGUCCUGGCCCGCCCUUGCUGGGUCACGAGCAGCAGCCGUGGCCAUCGUGUUUUCGCCCCUUCACUUCCUCCGCCCCGUCCCACCGGCCCUCCCCAUCCUCUUGGCACCGUGGGAGCUGGGCAGCAGCAGCUGGAAAGGAAGGACUUGACCAUCCAAGAAACACACUUUAUCUGAGUUGGGGCCAGUAGCUCUUGGUGAGUUAACCCAGAGAGAGGGGAGGGGCAUUUCUGUUGGGGGGAGGGCCGGCAGCCCCCUCCUCUGUCGCUUGCCGUGUGCCUUAAACUCCAUCUCCUAUCCGUCCCGCCCUGCGGGCUCCCCUCCUCCCUGGCGCUGAGCCUGGUGGGCCCAAAGGGGCCCCUCUUUGCUCAUCAGACCUUCUGCCAGCCUGACCGGCUCUCCCGUGGGAAGGACAGGGUGUCCCUGAGAGGCAGGGGCCUGGCGCAGAGGCGCCCCCUGGGGUUGACGGCCAUGGCUCACCUGCUGGCCGGCAGUGAGGCGCAGCGGCUUCAGAAGCAGGUGCUCUUUCCAGCCUCGCUCUCCAGAGCCAGCCCCGCUGCUGAGGUGGACGAGCUGAGGGAGGUCUGCAGGGGUUCUCCACGCCCCCUGGCCUCCGUGCCAGCCCAACGUGGGCCUGCGGGCAGGCUGCCAUCAGAAUCCGACGGCUGCCCCCAGGUCGCCCGCCUCCUGUUUUGUUCGUUUUACAUAAUUGCGAGCUCACUCCUCCUGGGUUUGGGACUCGGGCAGGCGAACACCACGCUCAGCCCGGGCUUAAGCAGAAGUAGAAAGCACCAUCUGUAACUGUUUAAAGGAACAGCCCCGUCACUUUGAGUCCUUCAUGGGCCUUUGAACAGCUUUUAUCAAGAAGCUGUCUGUCCUGUGCACAGAGGGGAGGAAUCUGUGAAAUGUCAGUUACGACCCCUCAGGCAGCGAUCCUGCGGCAGCGGGCGGAACGCGUCACUUUAUUAUUUAAAGAGUGUGUGUAUAGAGUCGCUGGUUAUGAACAAUAUUGUGUGUGGGGUUGGGUUUUAGUUUGUUCCCGCUUUUUUAAGUCCUCUCAUUUCAGUCUUUCCCUCCUUCCCUUCUUCCUCCUGGCCUGGCCCUGCUCUGCUGCUGCUUUGCGCAGCUGCUGUGUGCUCAGGGCCCAUGGGCUGUGUGGACUGCGGUUCCCUGGGGCCUCCUUCCAUAGGCGGGCAACUGUCGACGCCGCGCUUCCGCUUCAGGCUCAGCGUCCCAGCCGCGAGCUGGACAGGGCUCGGGGGCUUCACCGUCCCUCAAUUCAGAACAGACCCUACACCCACACCUCCCCUCCUUGCCGGGAGCCCUGGCUCUGAGCCGAGGCACUGGGCAGGCAGCGCAGGUGGACAAGGGGCCGGCGUGGCCAGGUGACCCUGCAUGAGGGCAGCAGGUGCAAUGUGUGUUUUAACUUAUUGGCUGACAGGCUUCCCUACCUUGACCUCAUGGAGACACAUUCUGGCUCUGGGAGUUGCCAGCCUGGCUGUGGUUUGUCUGUCUCAGGGGCCAGAUCAGCUGUACGAAUCUGUCUUUACAACAAAGACACCCUCGGGAGGAUUUGUUCUCUGCAGAGGCAGUUCUCACCUGCAGGUGUGGGUGGAUCAGGGCAAGGGCAGGCACGCGCCAGGGCUGAAUUAAAGCCCGAUUCUGAGCAGCGCCUCCCUCCCACAGCCCCGCGCCUCCCCAGUGUUGUUACAUUGUAAUAUAUCCCCAACUAACCUGGCUGAUGGUGGCAUCUUCCUGCAGACAUUUCAAACCUGUAACUUUUAUAUGAAAGGAAAAUAAACACAGAUGAAAGCCGCGGCCACCCGUGUACCACAUGCCGCGUGUGUCAAAGUGACAA